GAAAAUAGGAGACAGCUAUACAUAUGAUUCGGUGGUAGAGUAUCAAUGUGAACAUGGUUAUGAAAUAAAAGGAUCUUCAGCAAUAAUAUGUUUGAAUAGUGGAGAGUGGAAUGCAUCUAUACCAUCGUGUAAUUUGAAACGGUGUGAUGCCCCAACUGAAAUUGAGAAUGGUAAGAUAACUGGUCUGGAGUAUGUGUAUGAGAGUACGAUACAGUACACUUGCAAUGAAGGCUAUGCAUUGGAGGGUGUUGAAAAACGUGAGUGUCUGAUAAACUCUACAUGGAGUUUUGACCCACCAACUUGUAAUCCGGUAUUCUGUGGAGCUCCAACUUCAUUACAGAAUGGACACUUCACUGGAGACAACUUUAACUUUGGGGCACAUAUAACAUAUAGCUGCGAUGAUGGAUUUACUCUUGAAGGGAAAUCUAACAGUGAAUGUCUAGCUAACAAAACCUGGAGCAUCACCAACAAUUUCUGUGAGAGAGUUAACUGUGAAGCACCUUCCCCUAUUGAUAAUGGUCAUGUCAUAGGAACUGGUUAUGUAUAUGAGGACGUCAUUGAAUUCAGAUGUGACAAAGGAUAUGACUUGGUUGGUUCUUCAGUUAGUACUUGCUUAGCUAAUGCUACAUGGAAUGCCACAGAACCAUAUUGUAAAAUCAAAUCAUGUCCCGAACUCAAGGAUAUUGAAAAUGCCAGACUUUCUGUGACAGACAUAACAUUUAGAUCUAAAGCUGUGUAUUCAUGCUUAAUUGGAUUUGAGAUGAAGGGAAGAGGAGACCUAUCAUGUGAAGCAGAUGGUAAGUGGAGUCAUCCAUUGCCUGUGUGUAAAAUCAUCAAAUGUGGUAAGCCUCCAGAAAUAGAAAAUGGUAUAAUGACUAUGGAUAAUAUGACAUAUGGUUCAAAGGCACGUUAUCAGUGUAAAAAGGGAUUUAAAAUGCAAGGAGAUGAAUCUGUGACAUGUUCCAAAGAUAAAAAUUGGAGAGGUGAUAUCCCAUUGUGCUACAGUAAACAAUGCCCAUUUCCAGCUCCACUACCAUAUGGAGAGAUUAUUGGUUCAUCAUACACUUUCAAUAGUGUCAUUACAGCUAAAUGUGAUGCAGGCUAUAUUCUAAAAGGGGAUAAAGAGAGGACAUGUCAAGAAAAUGGUGAAUGGAGUGGUGUGGAACCUAACUGCACUGCAGUAGAGUGCACAAAACCAUCUUAUGUCAUAUCAAAUGGUAGAAUGAUUAACACUAACUUCUCUUACGGAGCUACCAUAAACUAUGUUUGUGAUGUUGGAUACUAUAUUGAUGGCCACACAUCACGGACAUGCGGAGCAGAUGGAGAUUGGGACAAAACAUUACCAGUUUGUGAAAGGAUUGAAUGUCCUCAACCUUUGAGGCCAUUAAAUGGGAGAUAUGAAGGUUUUGAAUACAAGUUCAAAAAUACCUUAAAAGUUGUCUGUAGACGAGGCUAUGAAGUUGUAGGUGAAGCAUAUCGAACUUGCCUUGCAGAUGGCACAUGGUCAGGAGGAGAAAGCAAAUGUGUUAAGAUCUCAUGUAAACGACCAUUGGACAUUAAAAAUGGAAAAGUGAUAAUACAAGGCACUGAAUACAGACAGCAAAUUGAGUAUGAAUGUAAUGAGGGCUAUGAAAUGAUAGGACAACCUCGGCAAAAAUGUGGAGCUGAUAAGCAAUGGAGUAGCCUACCUCCAUAUUGUGCAAUAAUUGAAUGUGGUGCUCCAAGAUUACCCUCAAAUAUGAUACAACAAAAACAAAUUGAGUAUACAUUUGGAUCAAUAGUGACAUACAGUUGUGCAGCUGGCCAUUUUUAUCAAGGUUUACUCCAGCAAAGAUGUGAAAAGGAUAAAACUUGGCAAUGGAUUGGUGGAAUUAUUCCAUACUGUGAAAAAAUGGACUGUGGUCCUCCAAGAUCUCAUGCUAAUAUGCUUAUCGAAGAAAGCUCUUUAACUACAUAUGAAUCAAUAGUAAAAUACACAUGCAGAGAGGGAUAUUCAUAUUUUGGAAUUAUUGAACAAAGAUGUGAUGAAAAUGCAGUGUGGAGUUGGGUUGGAUCAACAGUUCCUAUAUGUGCUGCAAUAUCAUGCAUUGACCCUCCAGAUCUCCCUGGAGGAUUAGUAACAAUUCACGAAGGACUGAAUUUUGGUGCUAGAAUAGAAUAUUCUUGCAUGCCUGGAUUCAAAAUGAUAGGAGAUGGGAUCUGGAAAUGUCAGGCAGAUGGACAGUGGAGUGGAAGUUUACCUUCAUGUGUUACAGCUGGCUGUCCUCCACCAAUCGAUGUAAGUUAUGGUAAAGUUAAGGGAAACAGUUUUAACACUGGGGAGUCAAUUGAAUAUGAAUGCCAACCUGGAUAUGUAACUAUAGGGAUCUCUAUAAGAAAAUGUACUGUGAAUGGGACAUGGUCAGGGACUUUACCUUCUUGUAGGUAUGUAUCUUGUCCACCCCCGCCUGAUUGUACAGGUGGGCGCAUUAAAAAACCUCUUACAACAUACCACUAUGGUAACAUUGUAGAAUAUACUUGUGAUGAAGGAUUUGAACUAAGGGGAACAUCGAAAACUGAGUGUCUAGCAAAUGGGACAUGGUCCUUUACAUCACCACAGUGUAUCGCAGUAUCAUGUCCAAAACCACAAGAAAUAUUUUUUGGCAAGGUCAUAGGAUCAUCAUUCAAAAUAGGUGAUUCUAUUAAUUAUGAAUGCAGACCAGGAUAUGUGACUGUAGGUGUAGCAACACGAAAAUGCACAGCAAAUGGAGCGUGGUCUGGUUCAUUACCCUCAUGUAGAUAUGUGUUAUGUCCCAUACUACCACCCUUUCAAAAUGGCAAAACAGAGACAUCAUCUUAUCAUUAUGGGAGUAUAGUCAAAUAUCAAUGCAACACAGGGUUUGAGAGAGAGGGUGUUGCUACAAGAGAAUGUCUUGAAAAUGGAACAUGGUCAUACGCUGCACCCAGAUGUGUUGCUGUAUCAUGUCCUCCUCCUAAUGAAGUAAGAUUCAGCCAGGUCGUCGGUUCAUCCUUUAAGAUAGGAGAAUCCAUCAAGUACCAGUGCAAACCAGGUUAUGUUACUGUUGGUGUUUCUACCAGAGAAUGCAUGGUAAAUGGAUCAUGGUCAGGAACUCUACCAUCAUGUAGGUAUGUCAACUGUGGAACACCACCAGCUUGUCCAAAUGGGAAUGUAAUAGGGACGUCCUUUGUGUAUGGAAGCAAAAUAAAAUAUGAAUGCAAAGAAGGCUUUGAAAUCCAAGGUCUCCAAGAAAGCGAAUGUCAAGCAAAUGGUACAUGGUCUCUUGCUACCCCUAGAUGUAUUGCUGUAUCAUGUCCUUCACCUCAAGAUGUAGCAUUUACAAAAAUUGUUGGCUCAUCAUAUAAAAUUGGAGAAUCUGUCAAGUACCAAUGUAAACAAGGCUAUGUAACAGUAGGUGUAUCAACAAGAGAAUGUAUGGCAAAUGGGUCAUGGUCUGGUACAUUACCAUCCUGUAGGUAUGUGAGAUGUCAAACUCCACCAGUUUUCUUACAUGGUAAGGUUGUUGGCACAUCAUACAUUUAUGGAAGUAUAAUCAAAUAUGAAUGUAACCCUGGAUAUGAAAGGUUAGGUGUUGGGACAAGAGAAUGUUUAGCCUCUGGUAUAUGGUCACAUUCUCAACCAAGAUGUAAAGCAAUUUUAUGUCAUGAACCUGUUGAGCCAAGUCAUGGUAGAGUGGUUAAGCUUGGAAGUGGAAUUAACUUUGGUCAACAAAUAAGGUUUGAUUGUAGAACUGGCUAUCGUUUGGUAGGAGAUCAUAUUCUUACAUGUUUAUCUAAUGGAUCAUGGUCUGGAUUGUAUGGCAAAUGCAUCAGAGUUUCUUGUCCUCCUCCAGUCAAAGUAAGGUAUGCUACAGUCAAUGGAUCAUCAUAUCUAUUUAAGGAUAAAAUUGAAUAUCUGUGCUCGUCAGGGUAUGUUGCAAUUGGUGAUGCUGUAAGGGAGUGUUUACCAACUGGAUCAUGGUCAGGCUCAUUACCAUCAUGCCAGCGUGUGACAUGUCCUCCUCCAAUAUCCUUUAAAAAUGGACAGGUGAUAGGAACAUCAUAUAUGGCUGGUGAAACAAUAAUAUUUAAAUGUGAUCUAGGAUAUGAGUUAAUUGGGAAAAGAACAAGCGAGUGUAGCACAUCAGGUGACUGGUCAACAGCAAUUCCAAUGUGUAUGAAGAGGAAAUGUGAACCACUACCUCCGUUAUUACAUGGGUCAACUAAUAAUAAAUUGAUGCAUUUUGGAGAUCAAGUACGUUUCGAUUGUGACCCAGGUUAUCGCUUAUCUGGAACAUCUGUAAGGCAGUGCCAGGCUGAUGGCAAAUGGUCAGGAUCAAAUCCCUAUUGUAUAAAAGUUAUAUGUGCAAGACCCGUAGAUGUGUCACAUGCUGAAUUCAUAGGUGAUCAAAGAAGUUUUGGAGUGUCUAUUGCUUAUAAAUGUGACCCUGGUUAUGAAAUACAAGGUGAAGCAAAUCGCACUUGUACAGCAAAGGGAAUUUGGUCUGGAGCUACCCCCUCCUGUCUCAGAAUCUCAUGCAAGCCACUUUAUCAAUUUGAAGGGGGAAGAAUCAAAGGAUCAAGUUUUAAAUUUGGUGAUAAGAUUAGUUAUUGGUGUAACAAUGGUUACCAGCUAGAGGGAAGAUCUAUAAGAGAAUGUUUAUCAAAUGGUUCUUGGAGCUUUACAGCACCCAGAUGUGAGCGUAUAAGUUGUUAUCCACCAGUUUCAACAUCUGAAAUGAAAAUCAUUGGAAGCUCACAUAAGUUUGGAGAUAGGGUCAGGUAUAUAUGUGAUCCUGGGUAUGAAACAAUUGGAAAUGCUGUCAGUGAGUGUCUAGCAAAUGGCAGUUGGAGUUUUGUGGCACCAACCUGUCAAAUUGUAGUUUGUCCUAGACCACCUGAUUUACAGAAUGGUGACAUACAUGCGAGUAGUUAUGAUUUCAAUAGCAUUAUAUAUUACAGAUGUAAUUCAGGAUUUAAACUCAGCGGAGUAAAAUCAAGAAAAUGUAAGGCAAAUAAAGAUUGGAGUGGUGCUACACCAAUAUGUAUCGCUACAUCUUGUGACCAACCUAACCCCCUUAAGAAUGGAACAUACCGUGGAUCUUUGGCAAUAGGAUCUAUUAUAAAUUAUAAAUGCAACAAUGGGUUUAUUCUUGUUGGUGAUAAUAUCCAGAAAUGUCAAGAAAAUAGGACAUGGAGUAAGAUUUCUGUUUCUUGUGAACGCAUUAAAUGUAAUGAUCCACAAACCAUAAAUAAUGGUAAAAUUAUAGGAGAUUCAUUUAGAUUUGGAGAUCUUAUCAAAUAUAGAUGUGAAAAGGGAUAUGUAUUGAAAGGUAAAGCAGAGAGGGAAUGUUUAUCUGAUAGAUCAUGGAGUGGUUUAGCACCAGUGUGUAUCAUGAUGGCAUGCCCAGCACCACCUCAACUUCAGCAUGGUAAGGUUCUAGGAACAUCAUUUAUGUUUGGAUCAAUCAUUGAAUAUGUAUGCGACAUUGGCUAUGAACUGACAGGACCAAAAGAACGUUCAUGUAUGGAAAAUGAGAAAUGGAGUGGUGAAGAUUCAACAUGUGUAAUCAUUUCCUGUCCUCAACCUGAUAAUAUUCAGCAUGGGAAUAUACAAGGAAAUGUUCACACAUAUGGCCAAACUAUUAAAUAUAUCUGUACAGAAGGUUAUGAAAUCAUUGGUGAAUCAGACAGGACAUGUUCUAGAUAUAAAACAUGGACUGGUGAUCUUCCAUUAUGCAAGCGUGUCUAUUGUGCUCCUCCUGCACCAUUUGAAAAUGGUGUUGUGGAAGGAAAUGACUGGGAAUAUGGAUCAAGUAUUAAAUAUUUAUGUGACGAUGGAUUUGAACUUGUUGGUAUAGCAGAACGAUGGUGCUUAGAAACUAAAGUAUGGAGCGACAAAGAUCCAAGCUGUGUCAAAAUAAGUUGUCCUCUUCCUCCUGAUAUUGACAAUAGUAAAGUAAUCCAACUAGAUGCAACAUUUGGGGGAAAUAUAGAAUAUGAAUGUGAAGAGGGUUUUUACUUAGUAGGUAAUGCAAUAAGAAAUUGUAACAAUGAUAAAACAUGGUCAGGUAAUGUCCCAAAAUGUCAGAGAGUCAGUUGUGAUCCUCCAGAGAGAAUUAGGCAUGGAGAGAUAAUUGGCACAGACUAUCUAUUUGAGGACGUAAUUGAAUACAAGUGUCAACAUGGUUUUGAAGUGGCUGGUCUGGCAAAGCGAAAAUGUUUAAGUGAUGGUGGUUGGGAGGGUACCACUCCAUCUUGCAAGAGGAUGGUUUGUCCAACACCUGGUAAACCGCAAAAUGGUAAUUUUAUAGGUGGAACAUUUGAAUUUGGACAUUAUAUCCACUUUAUAUGUAAUGAUGGCUAUGAGAUUAAAGGAGAGGCUGUUGUAACUUGCAUAGCAGAUGAACAUGGGGGUGCCUGGGAUAAGCUGUUUCCUACAUGUAUCAUGAUUGUAUGUCCCGAACCUGAAAAAAUUGAAAAGGGAUCAUUGAAGGGUAAUAUGGUUAAGACUCAGUAUGGAGAGAUUAUUCAAUACCAAUGUGAGGAAGGUUAUAUCAUAGAAGGCAACCCAAGGCGAAGAUGUCAAAGAGAUAAAACCUGGAGUGGAACUCUACCUAAGUGUAAAAUGAUUGAAUGUGAACCCCUUGGAGCAGUACCUAAUGGUGAGAUCAUAGGAUAUGACCAUGGCUUCAGAGAUGUAAUAACAUAUGUUUGCAGAGAUGGAUUUGAAAUGACAGGCUCAAAUAAGCAGACAUGUCAAGAAGAUGGUACAUGGAGUGGAAAACCUCCAACAUGUGUACCCAUACAAUGUCCUGCACCUCCGCCUUUACCCAAUGGUAAAAUUGAUGGAAAAUAUCAUGAAUACAAAGAUAAAAUACAGUUCACUUGUGAUGAAGGUUAUGUGUUAGUGGGGGAAUCUAGUCUGGAGUGCAUGGCUGAUAAAAUGUGGAAUGGAAAUUUUCCAUCUUGCAGAAAAAUAAGCUGUGGUAAACCAGAUGUUGUAGAAAAUUCAGAGUCCCGAGGCACCUCCUAUAAUCAUGGAGAUGAGGUAGAGUAUAGAUGUGAGAAAGGGUACAGACUUGAAGGUCACUCAAGAAUAAGAUGUCAGUCUGAUGGUAAAUGGAGUACCUCUGUUCCUAGAUGUUAUUUGAUCACAUGUGGUCCACCACCACCUGUUGCUUUUUCCAUUACAAAUGGUGCAACAUUCCAUGUAGAUGAUUUUGUUUUCUACAAAUGUAUGGAUGGCUAUGAGUUAAAUGGAAAUAAUUUAUUGCAAUGUGCAUCUCAAGGAGAUUGGAUUGGGGAUUUGCCUACAUGUGAGCCAGUCAUUUGCGGUCCACCACCAGUGAUAUUAUUUGCAUCAACGAUAGUAGAAAAGACAACAUUUGGAAGUCGUGCAAAUUAUAGAUGUAAUGAGGGAUACACUAUUAGGGGAAGCUUAAGUGUUGAAUGUAAAGCAAACAGACAAUGGAUGUCUGAAAUACCAGCAGAGUGUGUACCAAUCACUUGCGGAAGACCUCCCCUAGUUACUCAUGGGGAAGUGUUAAUAUUUGAAGAUACAUACAAAAACUUUGCAAACUAUUCCUGCGCCAAGGGUUAUAUCCUAGAAGGGAAAGAAAGACUGAUGUGUACAUCUACUGGACGAUGGGAGAGACCAGCUCCUGUGUGUAGACAUGUGGCGUGUGAUUCACCCAGAAUCAGCAGCAAUGCUGUAGUGAAUGGAAGUGACUACAGCUAUGAGAGUGUUAUACAGUACAGCUGCAAGGUUGGCUUUGCCCUGCAUGGUGAUCCAUACAGAGAAUGCAGGAGAGAUGGCACUUGGUCAGGAAUAGUUCCACAAUGCCACAGAAUAUAUUGCCAAAGUCCAACUGCUGUUGACCAUGGUAGGAUAAUGGGUGAUGACUAUGGGUAUGGUGCAACAGUGGAAUAUGUCUGUGAUCUGGGCUACUUUCUGGAGGGUGAUAGAUUCACUAGGUGUACAGAAGAUGCCAGUUGGAGUGCUCAACCCCCAGUCUGUAAAGAGGCAUCUUGUCCCGAACCACCCCCAGUGCCAAACACAAUUUCUCUACCAGUUAGUACAUUCAUGCCUGGUGAUAGUAUAGAACUGUUCUGUGGACUUGGCUAUGAGCGUAAAGGAGACAUGAACAUUGUCUGCUUACCAAAUAAUACAUGGUCAACACCUAAAGGAUUCUGUACAAAGAAACACUGCGGCAAACCUGCAACAAAUGAUAGAAAUGUAGUAAUAAUGGGCAAGGCCACCAACCAGUAUAAUUACAGAGAUAGGUUGGUGUAUAUGUGUAGGCCUGGCCUGUCACCCAUAUCUAAGAGAAUUCUCACCUGUAUGGAGAAUGGAGAGUGGGAUAUAACACCAGGGUGUCAAGCCCAGUGUAAGUUCAAGUGCAAGAAUGGGGGAAUAUGUAUCAAACAAAACAAAUGUAAAUGUCCACAGGGAUUUGGAGGACGACAUUGUGAAAAAGCCAUCUGCAUUUUGCCCUGCCUUAACGGGGGAAGGUGUGUGGGUCCCUUCCAGUGCGAAUGUAGGCCUGGAUAUAUUGGUACAAGAUGUGAAAGAGCUAUAUGCAGUAAAGAAUGUCAACAUGGUGGAAUAUGUACAAGGCCCAAUAGGUGUCGCUGUCCCUAUGGUUACUUGCCUCCUUUCUGCGAAACACGAUCUCACAUAAGAAGACUAUGGACGUAAGGAAACGAGAACCGCAGUACAUGGUUACACACAGAGCACUACACAAAUAGCAAGACUACACAAAUAUGUAAGACACUGGCUGAGAGGGACUUGUAUCUAGGAUAUGCUUUGCCAAUAAUAUGCCAAAUUGUCGCUGCCUGGGAACAGCUACUUGACUGAGAUACAAUUUGACUGAAGAGAUAACAAAUGGACAUGUAUCUUCCAAUGACAAUGGUGCAAUACUGACACAUGUAUCUUCCAAUGACAAUGGUGAAAUACAUGUAUCAUCCGAUGACAAGUGUGCAAUACUGGCACAUGUAUCUUCCAAUGAC